CCCUUCUCGUGUCAUGAUCGCUACUUGAUUACUCUUAGCCGACCUUCCGCCCACCCAAGUGGUCGCCAUGGCCUACUACGACGAGAAUGGAGGCGAUUCCCAAUAUUCGGGGAGGUUUAACAAGAACUUCGAUGGUCCUGUCGGACCCCGUCGGCCAAGACUGGUGACCGACUAUGGCUCGUCGAUGGUACAAUGGAUGCGGACGCGAAAGCCGCGUUUUCGCGGCGAGCACCGAAUGGAGACCGAGCGACCGAGUGCGAGCUUCGCGGUGGAUAUGGUCCCGCCCAUCGCGCGAACCUAUUCCCCGGUCGACACGAUCCCCGUACGACACUUGCAUCAGUCUAUUGGAAAGUCCAAGAAGCCGAUUGUCGUGGUGCGAUGGACUCCAGAAGGGAGACGCCUGUUGACGGGCGGCCAUACUGGAGAGUUCAUGCUCUGGAACGGCACGGCCUUCAACUUUGAAACGGUCAUGGAUGCGCACUACGAUCAGGUCCAAGCAGGCGUGACAUCUCUUGGAUGGUCCCAUAGCCACGAGUGGCUGAUCUCCGGUGGACAAAGAGGCGACAUCAAAUACUGGCGACCCAACUUCAACAACGUGGAGACGAUUGACGAUGCACACCAUGACGCUGUCCGAGACCUCGCCUGGGCUCCCAGCGACACUAAAUUCCUCUCUGCGUCCGACGACACGACCCUCAAGAUCUUCGAUUUUACUUCGCGCACUUGCGACACGAUUCUAUCAGGACACAACUGGGAUGUCAAGUCUUGUGAUUGGCACCCUACGAAAGGCUUACUGGUUUCCGGAUCGAAGGAUCACCAGGUCAAAUUCUGGGAUCCGCGCACUGCCCGGUGCCUGACAACGCUCCACAGCCACAAGAAUACCGUCACGUCAACGCGCUUUUCGCGAGUGAAUAAUAACCUCCUUGCCACGUCGUCGCGUGAUCAAACAGCGAGAGUAUUUGAUCUGCGAAUGAUGCGGGACAUUUGCAUUCUACGUGGGCACGAAAAGCCAGUCUCUUCGUUGACGUGGCACCCGAUCCACAGCAACUUGAUAUCCACUGGCGCCGAAGACGGCUCCUUAUACCACUACUUGCUUGACGAACCCAAUCUGCCCGCGGGACAGAUGCCUACCGUGGCACCCUAUGACAGCCCUGACCCGGCCAAUACUCCGCCGCAGGUGAUCUACCCGGCACAUCGCGUGCAAUACGCCCACGGCGCUACGAUCUGGUCACUGGACUGGCACCCGCUGGGUCAUAUUCUGGCAUCUGGAUCAAAGGACAACUUCACUAGAUUCUGGUCUCGGGCGAGACCCGGCGAGACUAGCUACAUGAAAGACCGAUUCCAUAUUGGUGAGGAGGCGGCAGAGGCCCAGGGCACCUGGAACCGUGGCUUUAGCCGCAAACAAGCGCGCGAUGAAGAGGAACAGGAGAUGCAGGAUGAAGCCGAUAGCUUGGUCGACCAGCGACAGCCCGAUGCAGCACCUGGGUUGCCGGGUAUUCAAAGCGGCCCUCAGCUUAAUGGUCCAGGAUUCCUGCCUGGCAUCGGUAAUGCUCAGCCUCCUCCGCCCGGGAUGCCCGGGAUGCCCGGCGCUAUGGGUGGAAUAGACCCUGGUCGUCUAGCAAUGAUGUCUCAGCCUACACAGCAAUCAGCACCACCGCCCCAGCCAAUGCCCGGUUUCCCAAUGCUCCCCGGAAUGGGAGCCCCGCCUAUGAACAUGGACCUAGCACAGCUUCAGAAGCAGCUCGCUGCCCAAGGCAUCCAGAUCCCUCCCAAUAUGAACCUCCAAAGCCUGGCAGCGGGUCUGGGCGGUCUGCCUGGUCUGCAGGGUGGCGGCAUGGCCGACGGUCGCAGAUAG